CCCGCUACACUCGCCUCCGACCUCUCAACAUGGAUCCCAAGCUCGCGUCCACCGUCUACCGCACCCUCCUCAAGCGCACCUCCACCUUUGCUGUCCUCAUUGCCGGCGGCGCCAUUGCCACCGAGAUGGUCCUUGGCAACGUCAUCGACGGCUUCUACUGGGGCAAGAACAAGGAUCGCCUCUUUGAGAACAUCCCGGCCAUCCGCCAGCAGCGCGAGGAAGCCGCCGAGUAGUCGCUCCCCCCCACCCCGUAAACAGAGACAGACACAAAGACACGAACAA